AUGGGAGGAGACUAUGCCCCCGUGGAAACUGUCAGGGGGGCCAUCCAGGCGCUCAGAUCGGUCAACGCUGAACUGCUUUUGGUAGGAGACUCAGGUCUGGUUGAGGCUGAGCUCGCAAAAUUCGACAUAUCUGGUCUAUCUAUCAAGGUUGUGCCAUCUGAAGGCAGGAUCGGAGACGACGAACACCCGGUACAGGCUAUGCGCCAGAAGCCAAGGGCUUCGGUGGUGGUUGCCACCCACUUGGUGAAGGAGGGCCAUGCCGACGUUAUGGUGUCGAUGGGCUCGACGGGGGCCUCAAUGGCCAGCGCCGUGUUGAGCCUUGGCCUGAUGGAGGGACUUGAGCGCCCUUGCCUCGGUGGGCCAUUCCUGGGACUCGCCCCGAACACCGUGCUGGUGGACAUCGGCAGCAACCUGGACUGCCGUCCGGGGCUGCUGCUUAGCUUUGCCGUUCUGGGUGCCACGUUUGCGCACACCUACAUGGGGAUCGAGAACCCGCGCAUCGGCCUGCUCAGCGUCGGCGCGGAGGUAGUCAAGGGUAACCGGCAGGUGCAGGAGAGCUAUCAGCUGUUUCAAGAGAGCCAUCUCAACUUCGUGGGCAACGUAGAGGGAAUGGACUUCUUCACCAACAAGGCCGACGUCAUCAUUGCAGAUGGCUUUGUGGGCAACAUUCUGGUCAAGUUCACCGAGGGCAUGGGCGGGGCCCUUGCUGACUUCGUCAGACAGCAACUGCCUGAUUCAAUGGACCGCGCGGUGGUUGACCGGCUGGCCGACGACCUGUGGGAGACUACUAACCGGCCGCGCACCGUGGGCGGUGGCCCUCUUUUCGGCGUCAACGCGCCCGUAAUUCUUGGGCACGGUUCAUGCAGGGCAAAUGGAGUGGAGGGUGCAGUUCGGACUGCAGUUCGGUACGUAAACGUAGGUUUGCUCGACAUAAUGCGCCAGGAAUUGGCAGCCAUCAACAAUUACGCUGCGGGCAGGGCAGAGAGGACCUCCGAUGGCGGAAACUAG